AUGUAUGAAGAGGGGCACCUGACUGAGGCCAAUACCUUCUCGACUAUCGACCCUGAGGAGAACAAGAUACGCAAGCGGCUCAUCGAAGAAGCUGAUGCGCUGCCGCGCGUCGAUGUGCUGCAAAAGUUUAUCGAUGCAGAGGAUCCGGUUACUGGUGACAAGCUAACGCUUCGCCAGCUCCAGUCGGAGGUGGCGCUGAUGCUCGUUGCUGGCACCGACACUACCAGCAACACGAUAGCGUACGCAAUUGUCCAUUUGCUUCACAACCCCAGCGUUUACAAGCAUGUCACCGAAGAAGUCCGCUCUAUAUUCCCAGAUAGCCCCCAGGUCAUCUCGUUUGAGGACGCGAAAGCUAAGCUACCGUGCCUCUCGGCAGUCAUCUAUGAGACAAUGCGAAUCAACCCCUCAGCCUCAGAUUUGCGUGUCAAUCGCCGCUUGUCACCGCAAUCCGCAUACAUGGAAGAACCCGAUGUAUUUGACCCUGAGCGCUUCCUUGGUCCCGACUCAGCAGAGCGAGUCAAGGAUAUACUGGUAUUUGGUUCAGGCGUUCGCGUUUGUAUCGGACGAAACCUUGCUUGGCUUGAACUUUACACAGUUCUUGCCAACACCUUGCGCAAGUACGAUUUCUCGUUGUCCACGGAUGCGCCCUAUGGACCACAUAGGCUGGGCAAGUCUGGUGCUCCAGUUGAAAUUCCGGCUGUGUCCCCACAUCAGUACUAA